AAUGGGUGGAGGAAAAACAUCAUUAGUAAACUCAACAAAUAAUCAACAACAACAAAGUAGCAGUUCUGUUUCUAAUAAACCUUUAGUAGCGUUACUUGAUGGACGUGAUUGUUCUGUAGAAAUGCCUUUAUUAAAGGAUAUUGCAACUGUAGCCUUCUGUGAUGCCCACUUAACGACUGAAAUACACGAAAAAGUACUAAACGAAGCUGUAGCCGCCUUCCUCUACACAAUUAGAAUAACUCGAGAAGAUCUAGUCAAAUUUCGUUCCCUUAAAAUGCUAGUAAAAAUAGGAAAUCCUGAUUUGAGCAAUAUUGAUGUCGAUGCAGCUACUCAAUUAGAAGAAACUGCCGAUCACACAAUGUCUCUUAUACUUAACCUCUAUCGACGAACUUAUUGGCUUGCUCAGGGAUCGGCUGAUAAAACUAAGCCGACAAAUCUCAAGAAUCCGCAAGAAUUAAGGGAAGGGAUGAGUGGGACACGCCGAAUACGUGGGCAAACACUUGGGAUUGUUGGCUUUGGAAGGGUUGGUUGUGCAGUCGCCUUGCGUGCUAAAACCUUUGGUUUCCGAGUUUGUUUUUAUGAUCCAAACGCUAGUUUAGGUAUGGAUAGAGUGUUUGGUGUUGAUCGUACCGAAAAUCUCACAGACAUGCUCACCCAAUCAGACUGUCUUACACUCCAUUGUAAACUUACACCAGAAACAAGGCUUAUGUUAAAUAAUAGCACCUUGGAUCGCCUAAAAUUUGGUGCUUUUCUUAUUAACACUAGCGACCCUGAUUUAAUUGACCAACAAGCAUUAAUAUCUUUCCUGAAAUCUGGGCAUGUUAAAGCUGCUGCAUUAGAUAUUCCCUGUUGUGGUGAUAGUCAACAAACUGAAUCUACGGGAAAAAUUGAAGAAGCUCUUCUAAAUUCUCCAAAUGUUAUUUGCACACCAAGUUUUGCAGCUUGGUUCUCUGAAGAGUCCUUAAAAGAUUUGCGCAUUUCUGCAGCUCGUGAAGUUCGUAAUGCUUUAUCCGGAUCAAUUCCGGAAAGUUUACAGAAUUGUGUAAAUAAAGACCAAUUGUUGACGUUCCGAUUGGCUGCGCUACAGCAACGCUUUCCUAUUCCACAAGCUUUUGCUUUAGCUGGAGUUGGCGAAGAUUCCUUUGGACUUCAUCCCCAAAAUAAUUUACCACCUUCACUUCCUCUAAAUUUACUCACAGACCAAUUCUUCGUUAAUCAAAAUAAUAAUCUUCCCCAACAACCAAAAAGGAGUAUUUCUACUGUGCCUCAAGCAUCGACUACAACAGCAUCUGUCCCUUCUUCGCUAGAGACUGAUUCUUCUGCUGCUGCAAAUUUUGUUAAUAAUGCAACCGCUUUAAUGGCCUAUCAAGGCUUAAUGAUGCGGAAUCCACAAUAUUUCGCAGCGGCAGCUGGAUUUUCUUCGCCCCCAACAACUUGUUCAUCAGCUGCUUCUUUGCAUCAUGGAAAUGUUGGAGGAGGGCCUUCUUUUGGUGUUUUAAUUAAUUAA